UGUCCAAUUUUUGGGUCUCUGACUCGUUCCGAAUCUUCUCCAUAGAGAGAGAAUCAUUCCCUUCCCAAAGCCAAAGGCCAUUUUUCAUCCCUUCCUCCCCCCUCUCUGACCAACCUACCCACCCCACAGAAUCAGGAAAAUCGGUAGAAAUGGCGAGUUUUGGCGAUCGAAAUCCCCCAGUCCCCGAAGAAACUCCUUCUGCAUCAACAUCGUUUACCUUUUCUGAUUUUCCUGAAGAUGUUCAGCUCUGUAUUCUCUCUUUCCUGACGCCUUCUGAGAUCGCUUCUUUUGCCUGCACUUCGAAGCGUUUCGUUUCGCUCUGUCGAAGCGACAGCAAGCUAUGGUUCUCUUUGUGCGAUAGGAGAUGGGGCUCCAAUACCAACAUCAGAAAAUGGGGAAAUGGGCAGAUCGGAUUCAUGCUCCUCUACAAAACCCUUAUCCGAUGGGAGAAUUUGAUUGGUUUCUGGCGCCAAAUCGGUCAGACCAACCUCAGUGUUUCGGCGCCUCCGCUGGUUUUCUUCGAAUGGGGUCCCUAUUUCAUCACCGGUUCAAGGGUGUCGCCUUGGAAGUCGGGCACUUAUCGAGUUAUGAAGACGCCCUUUUUAUGGAUGGGUCUCUCUUCGAAGGGUGAAUCCAUUAAUUUUCUCGACUCAGAUUGCCGGUUCGUGUCAUCGGGGGAUUUCGCCAAGGCAGCUGAAAUGGGGGAUUCGGAUGCAGAAUUGGUUUCAGUGAAUAUUAAUUUCAUGGGUAAGAGCCAUUUUGUUGUAGAGGAAAACCAAAACUCUUCUGCUUCUUGUUCACCUGAAGUGAGAAAAAAUGGUUACCGGAGGAGCUCUAGCUCCAGUAAUUUGCGGGGAGACGAUACGGGAGCUAUGGAGGAUGUAAUUGGUGUAGAAAGCACGUCGCCUGGAAGCCUCCCGGACCAUUUUGCAUCGGAGAUUUACCAGUACUUUGCCAACCGGACUAGCCCUAGUGGGGAUAAGGCUAGAAGACAGCGGAAGAAGGAGAGGGAGAGACUCGGGAGGCGGAAAUGGGAAUCCGAGCAUUUUGUGAAGGUGGUUAACUGUGCGCCCACGCCGUCCCGUCCUUUGCAAGGCCUCUGGAAGGGUAUCUGUGAUGGUAUGAGGUUGGAUUUUUAUCUUGUGACUUAUGAUGAUAUUGGGGGCGUUGUUUGCCGAAGGAUUGUAGAUGCAUCAGAACCAUUCUCUGGUUAUUCCCCAGUUUUCUGGACAUCAAACACUACAUUUAUUGAGUCCCCCUUCUCUGCUGAAGAAGAACAUUUGUAUGAUAGUCGGGUACAUCUGCAUCAACUCGCUGCAGCCAAUCAUAUUCAUGAGCACCUGCCUACCAUAGAAAAUGAGGUUGUCUCACGCAUUCUUUACAUAAAUUCAAGUUACGAUCUGGUGAUUCCUGACUUCACAGGGUCUACUGAUUCCCGGCAUGUGGAGGGCAGGAUUUGGCAGUAUGAAAAUGGAACAUUUGGUUUUGGGUUCCUAAGGAACAAUUUUAUCAUAGACUUAAAGCACAUUGCUUUAAAUGGUUGUCUGCUUGAUACUAUGGAGAAUUUAUAAUUGAUUUCUUUAAUCUGAGAUUAAUUUUGUACACAUAUGUUAGCCAGGCAUUUAACUAGGUUCUAUUGGGUUCAUACUGGCAUUGUAUGGUAUAUAUAUAUCUUGAAAAUAAAUUAGUUAUGGAAACAAAUUACCAUUUUUUA